UCAUUCCUUCAACCCCCAUUAAACACCAGAAAAUAACUAAUCUACGCAUAAAACAACAAAAUAUAUACAUUCACGAGAAAGCUUAGAGAGCCAUUACACCAUCCAUCAAACAACAAUGGCCAUAUCCAGAGUGGUUAUUUUCGGCAUGGGGACACUCUUGUUUUGCUUAUUAUUGAUCAAAGUCGCAAAGGCCGAUGAAUCUGAGUUUGCACCUAUUCAUACAGUCAAACAUGAUGGUAGUCAUUGUAAUAAUGCCCAUACCGAUAAGGGUGAGCUGUGCCGGGAAGGCGAGGAUGGCGAUGAUGACGAUGAUGUUGACGACACUUUCAAGGUGGAGAACAAGAUGGGAGUCUCUUUUUCAGCCUCAACAGGCCUCUCAGUGAACUCAUUCGAUGGCCUAGAGUCUGAGGAUCUCGGCAAUCAUGAGCUCGUAUUGGGACACUGAUCAUCAGUCUGAAUAGAAUCAUUACUCUUUCCAAGUUCUCGGGGGUACUACGUCUAUGCUACUCAUUUGCAGCAUGCGGCUUGAUCAGUAUUCUUGUCAUUUUUUCUUAAUUUUCUUCCUUAUUUUAAAAUAUUUCCCUCUCUCUUUUUUUCUUGUUUUCCUUUGUCCCCCAUAUUUAAGUGUGGUUGACCAUGAAUAGAUUUUUAUUAUUAGA